UAGCCAGCCAUUGUACAGGUGUUAUGGUGUUAUAUUCUGGGAAAACAUGUUGUACAUAUAUUGCUCAAAUUUGAUAUGAGAACUUUGAACUUUGGCUUGGAACGGUAGUUGUUGCUGAGUGCACAUAGGACAGUUCGUUUUGUUGUACUUUUCCUUAUUGCACGUUAUUAUGGAUCCUGAGCACAGAAAGAAACUUCAGGACAAGAAUGUUAUUGAUGCUUUGCUACAGCACAUUAAUUUCGACAAGUUGGCUCAGCCCCUGAUCGAGAAAAAGGUUUUUACCGCCGCAAUGAUUGACGACAUAUGGCAAAGUGAAGAGCUCGCAGACCGUAACCUCAAGCUCCUACUAAAACUUCCGAAGAGGGGCCCCAGUGCCUUCACAAAGUUCGUAGAAGCCCUCCGUGACACAAGCCAAUUGGAAGCUGAAAACGUUCUCACUGGGCGUACUUCGGAAGUUAGGAACAAUGGCCGUCCCAUCAUUGGCAACGCUGCAAACGAUCAUGCCAGUAAUGGAAAUUUAAAUGGUCACAGCAAGGUAUAUGAGCAGAGUAAACACGAAAUCCAAGUAAAGCUUGCAACAGAAUGGAAGAUUGGUGAUUAUAUUUACCAAAUGAGGCGUUCGCCACGUGGGAAGUGUGUCAUCAUCAAUAACUACGAUUUCAGAGAUUUGCUUGAACUGCGUGAGGGCUCGCAACUGGAUGUGCAACGCCUUGACAGACUUUUUAAAGCGUUGGGGUUCGAGGUCAUUGUACGACAAGAUAAGACCAAAACGGAGAUUGUGGAGCUGCUGAAGACUCUCAGCGAUGAAAGGCAUCAAAAGGACGCAGAUUGCUUCGUGCUCAUCUUGAUGUCCCACGGUGAUCAGGACAUCUUCUAUGACGUUGAGAAGGAAGAGAUAGAAAUUAAUUCCCUUAUUGGGAUGUUUAAUAACAUCAACUGUCCAACUUUAUGUGGGAAGCCCAAGCUGUUUUUCAUUCAAGCCUGCCGUGGAGAUCAGCAUGAUGCAGGGAUCCCAGUGUUGGACACAACAGAUGCCGGUCAAUUCCCAGCUGCGAGCCCACGCAAUUCAAAACCAGACAAACACGUGCCAGCAUGGACAGACAUCUACGUGGCCUACUCUACAACCCCUGGAUAUGUCUCGAACAAAAAUCCUGUUACUGGAUCCUGGUUUAUGCAUGCGCUUUUCACUGUGUUCGCUUCAAUGGCGUGCAACACGCAUUUAGAGAGCAUGAUGAAAGAAGUCACAGCGCGGCUGCAUAGUCGUGCCUCGCACGAUGGAGCAAAGCAGUCACCAGAGAUUAGGCAAUAUGGUUGGACUAAAAAGCUUUACUUCAAUCCUGGUCUGCGCGCAUGACCCCAAAGUGUCCCAAAACGUUAAUCCGCGUGACCCCACCUCAUCUUUUUUACGUAAUAUAAUGCUGGAAGAUCUCGUUUGCAAAACGGUUACGCCACAGCUCAUACUGCACAUGCGAGAGAUGUGCAAACAAGACGCACAAACAAGAGAGAAGGCAUAUGAACUACACAAAAGUGAGACAGAUGCAGUUCAUAGGGUCAUUGUUGCAUGGAUGCAUCAGUUAUGAAGCAAUCAAAAAUCUCAUAAACACAAUUGUCCUCGCAGUAAGUGUGACCCAAAAUGUGCUGUUAUGGGGCAACGCCCUAGACUCGCAGAUGUUAGUUUCCGCAGGAUACUUAAUUUUAAAAUCUAUGUUCGAAGAAGAGCACUGGAAAAAGACGAAAUUCCACGUGCAAACUGUGACUUGUACAAUAUGUGACAUUCUUACCAGAGUCGACAUCAUGCCUGUGUGACAGCAUGCAUGUCUUUAUGGUGUUAACACCCAGUGCCUUGUGCAAUUUCACUGCCAGUAUGCCAUGAACAUAACAGUGUGACCCGAUAUUGCCUUAUUUUCUUGCUCUACCUUGGGAGAGCCCUUUUUGAUUGUGCCUGAUCUGAUAAGAUCUGAGAGAUACAACCUGCCAUCUAUGCUCACAUCUCUUUUUUAGCAGUGGAACUCUCAGGUUUUUCUACUUUGUAUAUGAUGUCAUUCUGCCAACAUGAAUAAAGUUGAUGAGUGAAAAUGGUU